AUGGCCGGCUUCAUUCCUGAAAAAGUUCCAGGGUCCCAUUCUGCGGUUAUAAUUGCCGCCCCUAGGGCUCCUCUCGAAAUUCUCACGCGAGAUACUGAGGCACCCGGUGCAGGCGAGGUUCUUAUUCGUGUUGAAUGGACUUCCUCUACUCCUCUGGACCUCCAUCAGGCUGAUGGCGGGCUUCUAAUAAAACCGCCUUAUGUCAUGGGCACUUCUUUUGGAGGUACUGUCAUGGCCCUCGGUCCUAUCGAUCCCGCGAAUCCGGAUUCCCAUAAUCCUAAACUACAGGUGGGCGAUACCGUCUUUGGAUUCGCCUUUCGUAGUGCUAGAGAAAAAGGCCACCAGACAUACUUGACAACCUCAACUUUCUUAUGCAGCCGACUACCGCCAAAUCUCACUCUAGAAGACGCUGUCGCUGUACCGGUGAAUCUAGUCACAGCCUUCCAUACCAUCACAGCAGACCUUGAGCUGCCGCUCCCCUGGCCGGUACAGGAACUAAGCAAAGAGAGCCGUAAUGCUCCUAUCCUGAUAUGGGGAACAGCAAGCAGCGUAGGAGACUAUGCACUGCAAGUCCUUCAUCAUUGGGGCUACGAGAAUUUGCUUGCUGUUGCAAGUGAAAGACACCACGCGCGGCUUAAGGCGCUAGGUGCCAAGGCGACGUUUGACUACAAUGAUUCGAAUGUGGCAGAAAAAAUCCUCAGUUAUGCUGGGACAAUCUCAGACACCGAACCCCGUAUCCCAUAUAUCUUGGACUGCAUUGGCUCGCUGGAAGGCACAUUGCGGCCACUGACAAAGAUUGCCGAGCCAGGAGCCAAUGUGGCUGUUAUGCUGCCUGUUAUUAAUGUCCAUGCGAGCUCAAAUACGCCACCCGAGUACGAAAUGGAUGUUUCACAGUCACUGGUAGGAGAGUGGAGAGAGGGUGUAAAGCUCAGGGGAACACGAACACACUUUUAUCUGCGCAACGAACUCUUCAAAACCCAAUUACAGUCUGAGAUCGUGCCGACUUUGCUGGAAAAAGGCAUUAUCCAGCCGAACAAAAUCCGUAUAGUGGAAGGAAAUACGUUACUAGAACGAGCUGAGAAUGCUUUGAGCUUGCUGAGAGAUCAAGCCCCAAGUGGAGAGAAAUUGGUAUGGAGAGUCGCAGAUGAGGAUGAGUAA